CUCCACUUAAUGUGUCACCAUGCAGCGUUAGUCUGUAGGGCAGCAAUGCGCAGCAGCCGGUGUGCUGGGAGAGGGUCAACAUAAAUAUGCCCCUCAUCCCUGCUCCUCCUCUUCGACCAGCUCUCUAUCCAUCUGUCUUCAUCCAUCUCAUCUCUCUAAAUCAUAAUGUCCUUCCACACCACCUCCCAGGGCCUCAAGCUGGGCCACGAAGACGGCUUCACCGUCCUCUCGGCCGACCUGCGUGACAAGCACGGCCACUACAACCACCGCAAGAUCCGUCUCGACGACCACAUUGGAAACACCGACGGAUGGUUCAUCUGGGGCGGUAGCAACUUCACGCGCAGCGCGUCCAACGUCACCCUGGAGCACACCGAGUGGGGCCCCAAGCUGUGUGCCGAUCUGCGCACGCAUAACGGUGGAUCAAAGGGUCGCCAGGGUCUGAUGCUGGCUGAUAAGAUCGCCAACGAUGACGGUCACUUUAAGUUCUUGGGACCUUGAACUUUUUGAACAGUUUGAUUGAGGCGUUUUCUUCUUGACGUUGAGCUAUUGAGCAAUGAAUUGAUGGUUAUGUUUGACCUUUGUUUGGGUUUUGGAGCUGUAGUUGUAGUUGUAGUUGUAGUUGUAGUCAGGGUCAUGCUAUGGUGGGUCCUGCCUUAGGCUUUCAGGCACCUAGUCUAGUUCCCUGGGUCAGAUUAAAUCGGC